CCAUGUUUCCGAAACACAAACAACAAGAAGAGCAGCGACUGGGAGCCAGCAGACACAUACUGAUACGCAGAAGCGACCGUUGGUGGAGAGGGGAAAAAAAUAAUAAAUAAAAUACAGAGCACGACUUUCUGAAAGUACUAUUCUGUCGAAUGAAUACGUUUACAGUGUUUAAAGAGACCAAUGCAUUCGAUAAAUUGGCUGUAGACACGCCGUGCAGACAAGCAGUCUGGUAGCUAUAAACAGUGAAGUGGUGCAAAGGGAGGAGGUCAGGAAAUAAAGGAGUUACCUAGAAGGUCUCCGUCAGUCCACAUUUCAGUUGGAGCGAGAGAAAACGGCACAGAGGGAGUGAGAGAAAGGAGAAGAGGAGUGCGAGUCGCGUCUGCUCUUGGCAGCUGUUCCAGCAGCCUAUUUCAUUGUUUUUUCGGCUGUUAUUUUGUUCCUGCGUUACGUCUUUUGAUCAAUCAGUUCAUAUUUUUAACGUUAAUGUGAGAUAUAACUGCUGUAAAAAAAACAAAAUAAGGAAAUCGCAAACAAAAAAAAAGAAGACAUUACUAGCAAGAGUGUUUUAUUUUGUUCCAUUGUUAAUUUCUAAGGUUCUUUUCGUUUCUUUUUUAUGUUAACAACCUUUUUUGGCUGUGAGUAGCAGGAGCUUCCAUUCUCCAAACUUAUCAUUGAAAGCCCUUCCUUAGUUAGGACCUGAUAACCUGGUAUUCCUCAAGCACCUGAAACUGGCAGCUAUUCUCUUUGUGUGUUUGGGGAGCUCUGUGACCACAGCUUAAGCACCACUCAGCCUUCUAGUCACCUAAGCCUAACUAAAGCCAGCCAGCUCGAGCCUGGUCCAGCCCAGUCCAGCCUGCUCCGAUUAUCUGGACAGGAUACUCAGUUCUGUGUGGACGUGAGGAAUAUGACUGCUGAGACUCUUAACUUCGGCCCAGAAUGGCUCCGUGCACUGUCCAGUGGGGGGAGUGUGACGUCUCCCCCUCCUUCCCCCGCCAUGCCAAAGUACAAGCUGGCCGAGUACCGCUACGGCCGAGAGGAGAUGUUAGCACUUUAUGUCAAAGACAACAAGGUCCCAGAGGACAUGCAGGAUAAGGAGUUUGCUGCUAUUCUGCAAGAAGAGCCCAUGCAGCCACUGGCACUGGUGCCUCUCACUGAGGAGGAGCAGAGGAACUUCUCCAUGUCUGUGAACAGUGUGGCAGUGCUGAGGCUCAUGGGAAAAGGAGUGGGUGGUGCGGCCCCAGCUGGAGUGGUCCGUGGACGAGGAGCCACACGGGGUGGUCGAGGCCGAGGCCGUGGUGAAGGUGGAUUCUACCAAAGAAGUAUUGAAGAUGCCGAGGUGGGUUUCGGUCGCAGCGUCCGAGAGAUUCACCGCAGCCAGAGCUGGGACGACCGGGGUGAGCGUCGAUUUGAGAAGCCGCUGCGGCGGGAGGUGGGACGUCCUGGCUUUGAAGAAACUGGAGGUCCCGGGGGUCCGGGGAGGAAAGAGUACACAAGGGCUGACAGUGAUAACUGGCGCACCCUACGGGAGGAGCAGGAGGAAGACGAAGGGGAGCCGGGCAGUAACUGGAGACUUGCUGGAUCCCGUAGGGAUGAUGGUGGUCCUCGCUCAGCGGGCUGGCGGGACCACAGUGGUCCAGGAGAAGGUCGGAGGAGGAAGUUUGAUUUCGACUUCCGGGACUCUGACGGUCACGGUGGCGGGCGUCGGCGCGCAGGCAGCGAUGGUCUAGAGGACGAUAGGGACGGCCUGCCCGAGUGGUGUACAGAUGAGGAGGAUGGGGAGAUGGGCACUUUUGACUCGUCUGGAGCGUUCAUGCCUAUGAAGAAGAGUGGCAAGGAGACAAUCCUGGAGGAGUUUGAGUUUAAGGGGAUUGAGGAAGAGGAAGAGGAGGGAGACAGCCUUGCUGAUAUGGAGAGGAACAGCGCUGAAGGAGACAAAGACAAGGGUCAGGCGACACCAGAGAUUAAAGAAGCCAUCUUUGUUGUUGGAGAUGGUGAGACAAAGCCAGCAUCUCCUUCGUCUUCUCCAACAGUUCACUGUCCUCCUCCAUCGCUGGAGUCCCAACCCAGCAGUGCUAGUCAAGUGGUGGAUAAUGCUCAGCUGAGCAACAGCCAGUCUGUGAAGGCCAGCAGCACGUCUGGUGAAGAUGCAGCUCCAUUAGGGGGCUCCAAGGCCCAGCUGAGUCCCAGCACCGCAGCCACCUCCUCCAGCCUGCCUCCUCCACCCCCCUCAUCUGCUGCUCCUCUACUCCCGCCAUCUGGAGGAGACGCCGAGGACGACGAAGGCAUGAAACACCUGCAGCAGGAGGCAGAGAAGAUGGUGGCAUCACUGCAGGAUACUUCUUUGGAGGAGGAGUGCUUCACCCAGGCUCUGCAGCAGCAGGAGAGCAGGAACACGGCAGCUGCUCUGCCGCUAUCUCACGAGGCUGCCAUGAAGUGGUUCUAUAAGGACCCCCAGGGAGAGAUCCAGGGUCCAUUCACCACGGUGGAGAUGUGUGAGUGGUUUCAGGCUGGCUACUUCACCAUGACCCUGCUGGUGAAGCGGGGCUGUGAUGAAGGUUUCCAACCCCUGGGGGAUGUCAUCAAGAUGUGGGGCCGCGUGCCCUUUGCCCCGGGUCCCUCCCCGCCGCCCCUGCUGGUGAGACAGCUACCACCAACGCAGCGCCCGCAGCCCAACCGGGGGCCCGCCGGGACUGGAAACCUGGACCAGGAGCGCCUGAAAAAGCAACAGGAGCUUGCAGCAGCAGCUCUUUAUCAACAGCUCCAACAGCAGCAGCAGCUAUUCCAGCUCAUGAACAGGUGCAGUGAGCAGAGUAUGAUGCCUUCGAUGAACAGAUCGAUGUCAGUGCCAGAUACAGGGUCCAUGUGGGACAUGCAUACCUCAGCUUCACAGCCGUCAGGUGGUGAAGCCAGUCUUUGGGACAUAACAAUGAAUCCUUCUACUCAGGGUCCAACUCUCGAACAGCUUCAGAAGCUCCAGCAGGAGAGGCGAGACGCUGAACUCAGGGCGAAGCGUGAGGAAGAGGAGCAGCGUAAGCGAAGGGAGGAGAAGAGAAGGCAACAGGAGGAGCAGAAAAGGAGGGAGGAGGAGGAGAUCUUCAGACGCAAGCAGUGUCGUCAGCAGCAGGAACUGAUCAUGAAAUUGCUGCAGCAGACCCCCCAGCAGCAAGGACCGGGGGCAGGCAGCUCUAGUUGGAGUGGGGCUUCCUCUUCUGGGCUUUCUAAGGCAGGAAAGCCCCAGGCUCUGGCUUUGCUGGAAAUACAGCAGGAGACUGAGAGACUCCUGAAGCAGCAGCAGAGAGCCCAGCAGCAGAGAGACCGCCACUCUGGUUUGUCGAUGGGGAGCUCCUCCAUGGGAGGGCAGUGGGUGGAUGGCGUCGGUAUGUGGGGAGGGCCGGGUAGUCUGGAGAGUAAGAGCAGUAGUGGAGGGUCUUCGGGCAGCAUGGGCAUGUGGGACGAGGCUGUGAAGAACCAGACCGGCCUGCGUGGGAACAGCAACAACAACAUGGGCCUUAAGAACAGCCGCAGCAGCCCAUCACUCAGUGAUCAGUACAUGAUCCGUCGUAAGCGCACCGAGGAGGAGGAGAAGCUGCUGAAGCUGCUGCAGGGCAUGAAGCCUCAGGACGGCUUCACCACCUGGUGUGAACAGAUGCUGCACGCUCUCAACACCUCUGCCAACAACUCCUCCUCCUCUGUGGAUGUUGCCACAAUUGUGGCAUACCUGAAGGAGGUGGAGUCUCCCUAUGCAGUGCUGGAUUUCAUCCGGUCCUACCUAGGGGACACAGUGGAAGCCAAAGAGUUCGCCAAACAGUUUCUGGAGCGACGUGCCAAACAGAAAGCCAACCAACAGAGACAGCAGCAACAGUUAUCAAAGGAAGUGGCUGGAUUGAACAUGAACUUCCCUCUGCAGGAUUCAAUGCGAGGUAUGAAUCCCAACACUCUGCAGUCCAUGUUUCAGGCCAACCACAUGGGCAAGGCUGGUCUCUAUGAUAACCAGGGAGGAAAGAUGAAGAAGAAACAGCCCAUGAUGCUGCACUCUGACCCCAGCAUCUUAGGGUACUCAUUCCACAACACGGGCGACUGUAUGAGCCUGAAUGAGAUGGAGAUGGUGGAGGAUUACUGAUGUGACGCAGCGCAGCAGCAAUAGCUACCUGAGGCCUUCUGUCUUUUAAUCAGACAAACCUGAUGACGAAUGUGCACUGCUGGGGGAACCGAACUGGGGGUUGUGGGGUACAAAGGGGGGCAAGCAUGGUGGUGAGGGGGAGGUGUGGAGUGGAGGCGCCCAGUUCAGCGCCUCCCACUCGUUCUUUCCCUCUGGAUAGAAAAAAUAAAAAGGGCUCCCUGCUGCACCAGUUGAUCACUAGAGCAGGGGAGAGGGGGGGUGAGGCGCGGUGAGGUUAAAAGGAUGAUGGGUAUCCUCUGGCACUCAAAAGAUUAAGCACCUUAUACUGAACUAAUGCACUUUAUUGAGAUGGGAUUUGAAUAGUUUUUCUUUUUGUUCGUGUGUGUGUAUGCGUGCGUGUUCAGAAUCAGUGCGCAUACGGUGUGUGUACAUGCACAUUAUCGGCGUGUGCGGCAGAACUGGAAGGCGGCGGUGAAAACAGCGAGCAGGGCCGAGCGGGCGGGACGUUAGGUUUUCAAAUUCAGGGGGACCUUUAGUUGAAACCUUAUCAGAGAGCAAAUCCUUUCUCAAAAGACAAACACUGUUGAUAUUUCUCUUGUUUAGCAUUUUUUUUUUUCUUGGUUCUGUUUUUUACGUUUAUAUAAAAAAGUAAAGCUAUUGAAAAAUGGAUUAUAAAAAAACUUGAAGAUUUGCACUUGCCUAAAAAAACGAAAUAAGAAAAACGACAAAAAAAAAGAAAACAAAUGGGGUUAGUUAGAAGUGAAUAUUUUUGUGAAUGUGUAUGAGCGACUGGGUGUGGCUGAUGUGUGGCGGCUGAGUUGUGUCAGUAAUAUACAGUCUGCACAAGUUUUUUGUCUUUUGUUGCUUACCAAGAUGUAUGAAACAUAAGAGGCCAUUUUUGUCUUUUCUGUUUGGAUAGUCAUUUUGUAUUCAUGUUUAGAGUGAGUGUGUGUAUGUGAUCCUUUCCAGACAAGGACGUGUGUGUUUUAUGGGUGUGACUGAAUGCUCGUGUGUGUGUGUAUGAGAGAGAGAGAGAGAGGGCAAUUGCACAACACAUCCUUUCUCUCACCAGCUCUUCAUCCCCUGAUAGAAAACCAGAAAUGCAUAUAUUUGUAAAUGUUAGCUUUGCUCUCAUCACAUGACGACCACCACUAGUUUCUUUCCCUGAGCUUCUCCCCAUGGGGAGCCGUCUCUAGACCUGGAAGGGACUAAGCAGACGUGGCGAAUCAUGAGGGACAUUACUGUGUGCGCAUGCGAGUGAGAUUUUCAGUGUGCGUGUUUAGAGUACAUGUUCAUUUACUGUUCAUAGAAAUGAGUUAAAACUACAGGUACUCAUUUUUCUUGUUGUUGUUGUUUUCUUGUAUGUGUAUGAAUGCACAUUUGUGCCUAAGAACUUGGAUAGGGUGCAUGGCCAUCGAGACAUUAACUCUUUUUUGAGAGCGAGUGUGGUGCGUGUCAGUGCUCAGCACAGUGUAUGUAAAGUAUGUACGUUUCUAUGGUAAAUAUUUCUAGUUGAGUCUAGGGGUGAUCCAUCGGAAGGCUUAGUCCAGCGUGUUUUUCCUGGGGGUGUGAUCACGUUGCCUUUUGUCAGCUCUCGAACUUGUGAAUGAAAGGUGUCGAGUUUCUGACUCUGAAAUACAAAAAACCACAAAAAAACAAUUUAAAAAAUACAGCAUCUUAAUGUGCGAGUGCACAGAGCGGUGCAUGAAAUGUUAGCAUAUUGUGUUACAUAUUCGUUGUUGCAAUUUGAUAAUGACGAGUUUUCUUUUUUAAAUGAAAAAUAUAUAUAAAUAUAUACAUUAUAUACAAAGUUUAAAAAGUAUUUGGACUAAGAUGAGCACUUGGGGCUGCUAUUUUUGUUGUGUGUUUUUAAUUUUCUUUUCCUUAAUUUUUUUUUUUUCAUUUUUUGCCAUGUGAAGUGUGUAUUAUUUUUCUUUUCUUAAGAAAAUAUUGAAUGUAUUCCAAAAAAAAAAAAAAUGACAAGAAACCCGUGCUGAUACAAGAUUUUGUUUUUGUUCCUCAGAAGAUUUCAAAAAUGGAAACAAAACCGAAAAAAGCUUCAAAGAGUUGAGCGGGGUCUUUUUUUUUUUUUUUUUUUUUUUUUCAUUUACACAGUGGAGGAGAGAGACAAACUCGAGAUGGAUACAGUUGAACACACUGCCUCUACAAUCCUGGUCGUACAAAUGGUGACUAAAGAAAGGACUCUUUCUAUUCCAUACUGGAGCUUUGGUUGUUUACAAGCCACAUGGAUAUCUGUGGGUGCAGUUUUAUUCUUUUGUUUUAUCUUUUUUUUGUUCCCACAUGAGACGGGUGGGGUUUGCAAGUGCGCUUCUGCCAUAAGGACAUUGAGUGGUGUGGUGGUGUUUUUGUUUAUUUUGGUUCGUUGUUUUUGAGGAAGAGUGGCAGGCAUCACAACAACAUGGACAGGAUCCUCUAACUAGAUCUGUGUCGUGGGUCCUGAGACUUGAUCAGCCGUGGAGCGGAGGUAGAAAAAUCAAGGAUGGGGCUGUGUUUUGUGGAGAACCGAGUGCAGGGCUGCAAACCCUGGAGGGGGAACUUGAGAGGACGGUAUGAGCGCAUCCGCUCGGUGCUCUCGUCUUCACCUCGGCCCUCGAAAGCACUCGCACCCUGCCCUCACCGACUCACCUAUGCACUUUUGUUCAUUCAAGCUGUGAGGUACAAUUUUGGGGAUGGGAGCACAAUUACAACAGGAGGAUUGCUACGACUUUGACAAAGUCACUGAAAAAGAAAUUCCCAAACUGAAAUAAGAGACUCGAGAAGCUCGUCUUCUCCCACCUCCUGUACAUAACCAUAUUUUUGUAUUACCUUUCAGAGUAGAAAGAAAAAAAAUGCAAAAUGGAUGAAGGAAAAUUCAUUGAUUAUAUGGAGUGAAUGUUCUUCAAGAAAACCAAUCUUUUUUUUUUUUUUUAAAUCUAGUUUGAGAUGGGACUCGCUGAGAGUUUAGUUUGCCAGUAGCCCUGAAGUAAUCGGGGAAGGAACGUAAAACCACAUGGGCUGAGGUGGUGGCCAUGCUGCAGUGGCUCCAAGACUGACUGAUAGCUACUUAUCAAAAUGGAUGUUGCAGUGGCUACAAAGAGCCCACCAAGAGUGUUUGAUCAACACGCACAGUAAAGAGAUGGACACUGAUGACAGCCUCAAGAGCUGCAGAGUGACUACCGGAGGACAAGUGCUUGGCAUUGGAGUCUGGCUGUGCUUUAUUUGCUGCCCUCUGCAAGGAGGAUCUUAUCUACAGCCAACCCAUGAACCAGUGAACCCUAAACCUGUCCUUUUGAACUUAGACCCUAAGAAACUUUUUUUGACCUCAGUGUGGGCAGGCCAAUGGCAUUAUACGUUGGACAGAUGAAGUUACAGGUUUAUCAACUCUUCAUCCCCUUUUUGCUGGAAGUGUUCGGUUAAGGAUUUAAUCCCACACUCCAUCUAAGAAGAGGAUACAAAGGCUUGCGUUGCCCAGAAGUUCAUCAUCCACCUCAGCCGGAAAACUCUCGGAGGGUGGUCUUAAAGGUCUUCUAGCCAUUGGGACCGACGAGCCGCUCUCCUGCCCAGAUGUCAGAGACAGUGUGCUGGGAUGAGUUUCGGUGGACGUGGCCGGAUUACAUCUCAGCCAUCGCAAAAGGCUGCUGCUGUGGAACUGGAUGAACUGAAAGAAUUGUACAAGGAGAAAAAGGACUUUUGAAAACAAAACACAAAACUAUCAUAUGUCACAUAAAUUCUCAAGUCCAAAGGAGCAGGCAGACACACUACAUGCACACACUCAGCUAAAGUUACAUCGGCUCUCCUCUGGAACAAUGUCUACACACACAUGCACACACACACCAGAGAUACACAAUAUCAAACGACACAAAGACACACAAGCAUCAACGCCCAGCAGCAUAAACGCUGAGCUUUGUAAAUAAUGUAAAAGUUAGUGUUUUUGAGUUUUCUCCAUAAUGGCUUUUGCUUUAUUUCUUUGUUCAACAUGCCUUAAAUUGUAUAGUUCAGUCUGAAAUGGCUUAAUGAAAACGUUCUCAGUUUAAGUUGGAAACCACCUCGUUAACUGUACUCUAAAGAACGUUUUAACAAGACGUCUGUUCGCUGACAGACUUGUCCUGUAUAAAAGUGUAAAUGUGAUCUACUUUAAAGAUACUAGUUAACUAAAGAAUAGAGCAAUGAGAGCUUUUUGGUUGAUCUAAUUUUACUGGUGGUUGGAUUUUUGUUGCCCUUUUUUUUCCGUUUUGAUCCAAAUAAAGUGUGGAUUCGUUGAGAUUUCCUAUUUAGAUUACUGCUGAAGGUGCAGGCUUGACAAAGGGCUGAAGUCUGUGCUGCCUGGAGCUGGGCUUACUGGGUAAUAUGCAGAGGUUCAUCUCAGAGCACGCGCUUGUUGCUGUGUCGUAUCUGUUGUUGGAUACAGUCCUCGGCAAAACUGAACCAGAGUGGCAGGUCGUCCUCAAAUUGAUUUGUUUUCUUUACACUCCAGGGGAAUAAAAUGUUUUAGGAGUUUGAUCUUUUUACAGUUUUGACAUAGUGAUUCACACUUGUCUUAUAGGAGUGCUUGUAAGAACAGGCAUGCAUGAUGGUUGGUAGUAUUUGUGGGGUUUGACACUAAAAUCUGUGUAUCUAAUAGUGCUGCUGACCAUCAGUGAUGGCAUUGAAUCGAUGCGGAAGCGACCAGGCUGUGGUGUGUCUGAAAUCUGAAAGGUCUUCUUGGACCACGUCUUUACUCUGUAUGUCUCAUUAAAUUUAAGAGAUUCGUGUUUUUAGUCAUUCUAUAGUUUGUUUGUUUUUUCCUUCUUUAUAACCAAACAUAUGCAGUUUUUUAUCCAAAUGGAAACUGAUGUUUAUUGAAUACCGUCAGUUUAGACUUGUUAAAAGUUUCUGGUCAACUGUGGGUGUGGUGUGCAGUUUUCUUCUAUAGGUAAGUGAAAUAGCCACAGUUGGCAUUGGUAUGUCAUAACUGUUGAAUUGAUAUUGAAUUAUUACUUUAAAUGUUAUCACAUUUUUAAAAAAAGCUGAUACUGUGAUGGAUGAAUCAUCAGUCUAUUUUACUGCACUACAAAAGCUUUUAUGAUCAGAGAAACCACAGUAUUGUGUCUAAAGACCCUGGUUGAUGAGCAGCUUGACCCGCCUGCUUCAGGAUAGAAAGUAUAGAUGGAAAGAUUACCUGGUUCAGUUUUGCUGGUUACUGUAACACCGACUGUAAUGAUGGACUCGUGGUUAUACCCCAGUCAGCCCAGCUCCUUCACUUAAUACGUCUUUGAAUGUUGUUAAAAUAACAGCAUACAUGUAAUGAAAAUGUUUUGGAAAAGAACAACUGAAAAGAAGUGUAAAUAGUUUGGCUUUUGUUUGAAGAACAAAAUAAAUACUAAAUAAAUAGCAUUUAGCUGUGACCGA